AUGAUUACUCUAUUUAUAUCACUGGACGCUGUCGGACACGUCAACUCUUGCAUAGGUAUUGCCCAACAACUGGUCGGUGCCGGACAUGACGUCUAUUUUCUAAUUAGUCGCCAAUUUCGGGGACAACUGCAACCACAUGGUAUCCAUGAGCUGUACUACGAGUUCGGGGAUACAGAUGCUGUGGAAAGUGAUGAUAAUGAUGAUGAAACUAUUGACGAUAAUCCAGCCAAACGAUGGGCACAGGUAUUGGCCGAUGAGGGACACUUCGACGACCUGUCGACUCUCGAUAAGAUGAUUAUCAUUAGAAGCAAACGAUACGAAAGUUUUUGUUCAGACGCCCAACAAUUAGAUCCGAUUAUUGAGUCGACAAUCGUCGACAUCGGACCCGAUAUUAUAGUUGUCGAUCAUUUGCUUAGUUUGCCAGCAGUUGAAGUGUCGGGUGUGCCCUGGGUUUGGUCGUGCAGUUGUAAUCCAUUGUUUCUUAUUGAUGACGAUAGGACACCGCCGUUUGGCUCAGGAUAUUCAAUAUAUGGCGAUAAAAAUGAGUACCAAUUGUUUCGGCAAACCAUUAACGAUGCGGGCAGUGAUGUGUGGCAACAGUUUAAUGAUUAUUGUGUCGACAAAGGAUGUGAACCGUUACCCGAUUAUCAAUACAUUCGUUUGUCACCGUUUCUCAAUAUAUACGCCUUUCCCAUUGAACUGGACUACACCGAUAUCAGGCCAUUACCGCCGAAUGUCUAUCAAUUUGAUAAUUUUAUGCGAAACGAUAAACUUGAGAUAUUUGAACUACCGGAGCAAUUGCAGGACAAACCGGGAAAACUUAUCUACUUUUCGUUGGGAACUAUGGGUGCAAUGGAUGUUCAAAAUAUGAAACGACUGAUCGCUAUCCUAUCCAAUGUCGAGCAUCGGUUUAUUGUAUCGAAAGGUCCGCUUCAUAAUGAGUAUGACUUACCCGAUAAUAUGUGGGGUCAGCAAAGUGUACCACAACUACAAGUGCUGCCAUUAGUCGAUCUGGUCAUCACUCACGGCGGUAACAAUACUGUCGGCGAAACCAUGUUUUUCGGAAAACCUAUGAUUUUGAUGCCUUUGUUCGCCGAUCAGUCGGAUAAUGCACAGUGUGUUGAGGACAGAGGUUUCGGUGUUCGUCUCAAUCUUCAUAAUUGUACGGAACAGGAGAUUUUGUCUGCAAUCGACAAACUAUUAGCCGAUAAUCAAUUGCACGAAAAAUUGGCUAAUAUUGCACAGCACUUUAGAUACAGUAUAGAAUAA